GUCCAAGCAUAUAUUAGUUUCCGGGGUCGUCCAAGUGUACACAGUGCAAAACUCAGGAUUGUGUACCUAUUUUCUCAUCUUUAAAUAUACUUAUUCCACGAACUACACAAGGAGGGCUAAGUGUUUCUUUUAAAAGAGAUACUCUUUGAGUACGGCACCGAGAGGACAACAGGAAAUAUGAAUUUCUUCGGAUUUGGGAUGGGUGGGAAGGUACCCGGGCCGCAGCCGUCCGGAGCGGAGACGAUCCAGAAAUUGUGUGACCGGGUGGCCUCCUCAACACUCCUAGAUGACAGAAGAGAUGCUGUACGGGCUCUUAAGUCCCUCUCCAAGAAAUAUCGCAUGGAGGUUGGCACACAGGCGAUGGAUCACUUGAUUAAUAUAUUGCAAACUGACAGAUCUGACUCAGAAAUCCUUGGCUAUGCUUUGGACACGUUGUACAACAUAAUAUGCAAUGAUGAGGAGGAGGAACAAGAUGAAUCAGAAGAUGAGAACGCCCAGAAGCAGGCAGACGACCUGGGUGCCCAGUUUACAGACAAGUUCAUUGAGGAUCCUGAGCAUGUGACCCUUCUCCUCACUUUGUUAGAGGAGUUUGACUUCCAUGUGCGUUGGCCUGGAGUGAAACUGUUAACUGCUCUCUUGAAGAACCAGGGUCCUCAGGUCCAGGGUGUCAUUCUGGUUAGCCCCAUGGGAGUUUCUAGACUGAUGGAUCUGUUGGCAGACUCUAGAGAAGUGAUUCGAAAUGAUGGCUUGCUUUUGCUUCAACAACUGACCAAAGGCAAUGCUGCCAUUCAGAAAAUUGUGGCAUUUGAAAGUGCAUUUGAGCGUCUACUAGAUAUCAUCACAGAAGAGGGCAGCAGUGAUGGAGGUAUUGUGGUGGAGGACUGUCUGUUGCUGCUUCUCAACCUGCUUAAAAAUAACAGUUCCAACCAGAACUUCUUCAAGGAGGGCUCCUACAUCCAGAGGAUGAAGCCCUGGUUUGAAGUUGGUGAUGAUAACUCUGGUUGGUCUGCACAAAAAGUCACAAACCUCCACCUAAUGCUGCAGCUGGUACGAGUCAUGGUGUCUCCAGUGAACUCUCCUGGAGCUACAGCCAGCUGCCAGAAGUCCAUGUACCAGUGUGGCCUCCUGCAGCAGCUGUGUACCAUCCUCAUGGCCACUGGAGUACCAGCAGACAUCCUCACAGAGACUAUAAACACUGUAUCAGAGGUUAUCAGAGGCUCCCAGGUCAACCAGGACUACUUCGCCUCUGUCAAUGCUCCAUCAAACCCACCAAGACCAGCCAUCGUGGUGCUGCUCAUGUCCAUGGUAAAUGAGAGACAACCGUUUGUACUUCGUUGUGCAGUCCUCUACUGUUUCCAGUGUUUCCUUUACAAAAACGAGAAAGGACAGGGAGAGAUUGUGGCAACUCUGCUGCCAUCAACUAUUGACGCUAAUUCCAUCUCUGCGGGCCAGCUGCUAUGUGGGGGCCUGUUUUCAGCCGACUCUUUGUCCAACUGGUGUGCGGCUGUAGCUUUGGCUCACGCGCUUCAGGACAACCUCACCCAGAAGGAGCAGCUGCUCAGGGUUCAACUGGCCACCAGCCUCGGCAAACCACCAGUGUCCCUUCUGCAGCAGUGCACCAACAUCCUGUCCCAGGGAGAUAAGAUCACCAGGCGGGGCAGUAAAGUGCAGACCAGGGUGGGUCUCCUCAUGCUGCUGUGUACGUGGAUCAGCAACUGUCCCAUCGCAGUCACACACUUUCUACACAAUCGAAAUGUUCCCUUUCUGACAGCGCAGAUCUCAGAGAAUCUGGGAGAGGAUGAACGGCUGGUGCAGGGUUUGUGUGCACUGCUUCUUGGUAUCUGCAUUUAUUACAAUGACAACUCAUUGGAAAACUACACCAAAGAAAAACUAAAACAGCUGAUCGAGAAACGAAUUGGGAAGGAGAACUUUGUGGAGAAGCUGGGUUUUAUCACUAAACAUGAGCUGUACUCGCGGGCGGCACAGAAGCCACAGCCUGUGUUUCCAUCCCCAGAACAAAUGCUGUUUGAUCACGAGUUCACCAAACUGGUCAAAGAACUGGAGGGGGUAAUAACAAAAGCAGUUCACAAAUCCAGCGAAGAGGAGAAGAAGGAGGAGGAGGUGAAGAAAACGUUGGAACAGCACGACAACAUUGUAACUCAGUACAAAGAGUUAAUCAGAGAACAGGAUGCUCAGAUCCAGGAGCUGAAGGAGCAGGUUUCAUCCAUGACAUCUCAGAAUGAGCAGAUGCAGGCAACAGUGGCCCAGCAGUUGUCCCAGAUCCAGCAACACAAAGACCAGUACAACAUCCUCAAGCUGAAAUUAGGUAAGGAGAACCAGAGUCAGUCUAACAGCCAGGGAGACGCGUCUCAGGUGAACGGGCUGCAGACGGAGGAGCUGACACAGCUUCGAGAAGAGGUGGAGGAGCUCCGCCAGCAGCACACACUCCUUCAGACACAGCUCAGCGACAAAGACUCACUCAUCAACACUCUGAGGUCGGAGGCUUCACAGACGGCAGAGGGGACGUCAGGAGGAUCAGACAACACAGAACUACUUAAGGAGCUCGAGGCUCUGAGGACUCAGGUCCAGUCCCAGUCGGCAGAAAUCAGCCAGUUAAAGACAGAGAAACAAGAGCUGCUGAGGAGGGCUGAAGCUCCGGCCUCUGACACGUUGACUCCGAGCAGUGACGGAUCAUUAGAUGCUGCCAAGAUGAUGGAACUGGAGAGCAGACUCACAGCACAGACGUCUGAGAUAGAGAGACUAAAGGAGGAGGUGAGGAGCCUGUCGGGGGGCCGGACAGACCUGGAGCAGCAGCUGGCUUCGGCCACCAGCACAGUGGCCAUCCUGCAGACAGAGAAGACGAAGCUGCAGACGGAGGUUCAGGAGUCCAAGAAGGAGCAGGACGACCUGCUGAUGCUGCUGGCAGACCAGGACCAGAAGAUCCACAGCCUCAAACAGAAACUCAAAGACCUGGGAGAGACGGUUGAAGACGAAGACGACCUCGACGCCAGGGACCAAACAGACGACGACGACGAGGAGGACGAGGAUGAAGACGAGGAGUAGAGAAACACUGAAGGAGAAGAAACAUGUUCAUCUGACGGCAAGAGAAAAGACUUUGCCGAAUCACACCUGAGAAGCUGAAGAACGGGACAAAAGCGGUUUCUCGUUCAGGCUGCUUCGCUGUCUUCGUUUUCUUUAACCCCGUUCACAUCACAUGAUCCCGUUGGCUGUUCGGACAUGUUUUGUCAUCAGUGACAGUUAAAAGAUCUGAAGUUGUCAGUGCGUUCAUCUCUUUUCUGCAUCUUUUCCCACCAGUUUGUGAUGGAUUUUAGCAGUUCUGUGUUCAUCAUAAAUUUCUGUUCUCAUAGUUAUUAAAAGAAAGAGGUAAGAUUUAAGGAGGACUGAAAUGUAGCAAAAGUGAAUCAGCUCUAAACAGAUUUAAUAUAAUAGUCAUUUGAUCGUGUUGAAACAUGGUGGUGAGCUGCUGAGAGCAGCUUUUCCCAUGAUGCUCUGCUGCUCUCAGACAAACGAUCCACAGCCUUCACACCUCCAUCACUUUCAGUUCUGCAUGUUAAUGUACGUCAACACUCGGUUGUUUGAUUUCAUGAUUUCACGACCAAACUGCUCUUCAAAAUGCUGCAAAAACACUGACAGAAAAGAUGUAAAGACAAAAAAGAUAUUUUUGCAACUUUUUGUCCAGUACUGGCAUCCUGCUUCUGUAUGAUAUUGUGUAACUUAUCGAUUUAUGAGCCACAUCAAAAAGAAUAAAACUCUAUCGGUCUGUACACCUGUAUGGAGGAGUAAUUGUAGAUAAAUUAAAUUUUACUAAAUCCAC